AUGGACAACCGAGACGAGACCGACGUUGACAUAGAGUCUGCCUACCUGAAGGAGCUGCAGUCCCAAAAGGAUGAGCUGAUGCAGCGGGUGGGGUCGCUCAAGACAGACUUGCAGGAGUGGCGGCGGCGGCUGGACGGGCAGGUGCACACGUACAAGGCAGAGCAGCAGCAGCAGCAGCAGCAGCAGCAGCAGCAGCAGCAGCAGCAGCAGCAGCGGAGGCAGCAGCAGCAGCAACAGCAGCACAAAAGCAUCGAUGGAACCGCAACUUUCGGGCCGCAGGUGGUGAAGCUGCGCGCGGAGCUCAACGGCGAGGUGGACGCCCUGAAGAGCGAGUUCCAGGAGCUCAAGGCGGCGCUGAGGCAGCAGCUGGAGCUCACGACCGCAAUGGCAAAGGAGGCCCAACUUGCAGCCAUGCCGCCCGACGGCGCAGCACAGCCGCAGUGA